CAACCACAAUAUCUAUCUGAAGAGGGACGUUGGGUAACGGAUUUGAAUAAGAAGACAUCGGGCGCAACAUGCUUGCGUGAUAAAAUGGAUUUGUUGGAUUAUUGUAAGAAGGCUUAUCCCAAUCGUGACAUCACCAACAUUGUGGAAUCCUCCCACUAUCAAAAAAUCGGUGGCUGGUGUCGUCAGGGUGCAUUAAAUUCAGCUAAAUGUAAAGGUGUACAUCGUUGGAUUAAACCUUUCCGUUGUCUCGAAGGACCAUUCCAAUCCGAUGCUCUACUAGUGCCAGAGGGUUGCUUAUUUGAUCACAUUCAUAAUGCAUCACGUUGUUGGCCGUUCAUCAGGUGGAACCAAACCGGUGCAGCUGCAUGUCAGGAACGUGGCAUGCAAAUGCGUAGCUUCGCUAUGUUAUUGCCAUGUGGGAUUUCAUUGUUUUCCGGCGUUGAGUUCGUUUGCUGUCCAAAGCAUUUCAAGACCGACGAGAUACGUGUCAAGAAAACCGAUUUACCUGUCGUGAUGCCCGCUGAAAUAAGCAAUUUGCCUGAGGAGGAGACCGAACCUGCUGAUGAUGACAUCGACGAUGAUGACGACCUCUUGAGUGAUGAUGAAGAGGAUGAAAUGAUUGAUGCUGGCGAAACUAGUAGCGAUGCCACAGCUGAUGAUGUUAACGCUGAGUACGAUUCGGGCGAAGAUGUGGAAAACUAUGAAGAGAAUGAUGAUGAACAGACUGGUGAUAAUUGGGAUCAGAAUGGUAGCUCAAGUGGUGCAAAACCAGUAGCAACAACAGCAGAUAAAAUUAAUAAUAAUGGCGAUGAUGGAAAAUUGAAAUCGGGCAAUAUUGAGACGACACAAGGCAAAGGUUCGGUUGCAGCAAGUGAUUUAUCUAUGUCUGCUGCACCAGCUAUGCCACCGUCAACCAAUCAGCCCACUGUCGAUCCAUACUUUACACAUUUCGAUCCGCACUAUGAGCAUCAGAGCUACAAAGUAAGUCAAAAAGAAGCCCAACAGCGCCUCGAGGAGUCACAUCGCGAGAAGGUCACCCGUGUCAUGAAGGACUGGUCUGAUUUGGAAGAGAAAUACCAGGAUAUGCGUAUGGCCGAUCCAAAAGCAGCACAAAGUUUCAAGCAACGUAUGACAGCACGAUUCCAGACUUCUGUUCAGGCACUCGAAGAAGAAGGCAACGCUGAGAAACAUCAACUGGCUGCUAUGCAUCAGCAACGUGUCUUGGCACACAUUAACCAACGCAAACGUGAAGCAAUGACCUGCUACACUCAAGCUCUAACUGAACAACCACCAAAUGCUCAUCAUGUUGAAAAAUGUUUGCAAAAGUUAUUGCGCGCACUACACAAAGAUCGUGCACAUGCCUUGGCACAUUACCGUCACCUCUUAAACUCUGGUGGUCCAGGCGGUUUAGAAGCAGCUGCCUCCGAACGACCACGUACCUUGGAACGCUUAAUUGAUAUUGAUCGUGCUGUUAAUCAAUCCAUGACAAUGCUUAAACGUUAUCCUGAUUUGUCAGCGAAAAUUUCACAACUAAUGAAUGAUUACAUUUUGGCUCUACGCAGCAAGGAUGAUAUACCCGGUUCAUCUUUGGGCAUGAGUGAAGAGGCUGAAGCAGCAAUUUUGGAUAAAUAUCGUGUGGAAAUUGAACGCAAAGUAGCUGAAAAGGAACGUAUACGUUUAGCCGAAAAGCAACGCAAGGAACAACGGGCCGCUGAGCGUGAAAAGUUACGUGAGGAGAAAUUACGCAUGGAGGCAAAGAAAGUUGAUGAAAUGCUAAAGACACAGAGCGCACAAGAAGGUUCAGCUGAUGCUAUGCCUAGUAAGGAAAUUAGUAGCACUUUUAUAACAGCAGCAAAUGAUGCCACAAAAUUGGCACAAAGCGAAAAGGAUAACACUGGUGGCGAGGAGUAUGCUGAGGCUACUGUCAGCACUAAAACCCAAACCGUCCUACCAACAGUUGAUGAUGAUGCUGUGCAACGUGCCGUAGAGGAGGUUGCCGCUGCUGUUGCACACCAAGAGACCGAACCACAAGUGCAACAUUUCAUGACACACGAUUUGGGACAUCGUGAAUCGAGUUUUUCUUUACGUAGAGAAUUCACACAUACGCACGCGACCAAAGAGGGACGUAAUGUGUACUUCACAUUGUCCUUUGCUGGUAUUGCUUUAAUGGCAGCCAUCUUUGUUGGUGUCGCUGUUGCCAAAUGGAGAACAUCACGUUCGCCACAUGCGCAAGGAUUCAUUGAAGUUGAUCAGAAUGCAACAACACAUCAUCCUGUUGUACCAGAGGAAAAAAUUGUAGCGAAUAUGCAAAUCAAUGGAUACGAGAAUCCAACCUACAAAUAUUUUGAAGUAAAGGAGUAAAGAACAAAUAUAAGUAAAAUAUUUCAAAACAAAAAAACUCUAAUCUAAACUUCAAAUCAAUCUUAACAAAACCAAAUAUAUAUGCAACACAAAGAUCCUUUUUACAGGAGCGGAGUUCCAAAAGUAAAAGAUAUAAACCAAAAUAAACCAAAAAAUAUUUAACAAAUAAUUUAAUAUAUA